AUGUGGCGCGAAAUUGAAGCCAAAGAGGCCUGUACCUGGCUCCGAGCGGCCGGGUUCCCACAGUACGCGCAGCUCUACGAAGAUGCCCAGUUCCCCAUUGACAUUUGCUCAGUCACCAGAGACCACGACUUCCUUGAUCGGGAUGCCAUUGAGGCUCUCUGCAGGAGACUGAACACCCUCAACAAGUGUGCUCUAAUGAGACUGGAUAUAUCCCCACAACGAAAAAGAAGUGAGGACUCGGAUGAAGACGAGCCUUGUGCCAUCAGUGGCCGCUGGACUUUCCAGAGGGACAGCAAGCGCUGGUCCCGCAUGGAGGAGCUGGAAGUUUUCUCCAUGUUGCCCACAGAUGCCACCCAGCCUCCGUUUAUUAAGGACCAAGCAGCUCAGAAGGGCAAGCUCGCGCUGCGCGAAGGCAACAGCUCGGAGAGCAUGCUGACCGACCUCAGCGAGCAGCCUGAAGUGGGCUCCAUACAUAGCAGCGGCAGCGGAGGAAGAGGAGAAGACAAGAGCCACGGUACCUCCUCCGCGCACGAGGCCGCGCCGGCCGGAGCCACCCGCGCCAGCUCGGUCGCCAGCAUGUGCUCGUCCUCGGGCACGGGCGGGUCGGGGGGCGCCAACGAGGACUCCCUGUCCGACGGGCUGCCCCCAUCGCCGCUCGAAAACCUCCGGCAGUUCACCUUCGACGUCAAAGCGGGCAUGGCAGGGGGCAGUCUGGACCGAGGGGGCAGCGGAGGCAAGAGCACGCGCUCCAGAGCUAAAAGCUUCCUGAAGAGGAUGGAGAGCUUGCGGCUCCGCAGCGGCGCCUCCUCGAAGAGGAAGAAGAAGGGCAGCGCGGGGGGAGGACGGAUAGAGAUCAGCGGCCCCGUCAUCAAAGAGGGCCUGGACGACGACAAGCUGCGCAGCCUCAACUGCGUGGACAUCUCCAGCGUCAACCUCAACCACCACCGCGACCCCACGCAGACCAUGACCCUCAACCGGAACCGCUCCGUGUCCUACUCCACCCAGACCAGCAACGGCAGCACGGGCAGCACGGGCAGCAGCCAGUCGGAGGCCAGCAGCGGGAGCGCCGUCAGCACGCCCAGCCCGGUGACCCGCGCCCGCAGCCACAGCACGGCCGCCGCCGGGUCCAGCAAGAGGGGCGGCAUGUACCUGGAGGGCUUCGAUCCCUUCAGCCUCCUCCAGCAGGGCUCCGAGCGCCACCCGUCGCCGCCCAAAUCCGCCCCGCCCGUCCCGCGCCCGCCCAGCAACGGGAUGUCGGUGGACGAGCAGAACCGCCGGAACAACCGCGGCGCCCCCGGCAAGAGCAGGCGCCAGGAAGAGGAGGAGGACGACGACGAGGAGGGCGGCAUGAUCUUCUUCUACCUGCCCGAAGGCCACAAGCCCGGGACCUUCCCCAAAGCCCUGCAGGACGGGAGCCCGCGCAACAACAACGGGAACGACAACGGGAACCCGGUGGUCCUCCGCGGGCGGGCGAGCAGACGCCAGCGCCGCGCCUCCUCCGGCUCCGUGGACAGCCGGCUCAGCUUCUACGACAACGUCCCCUGCCCCGAGAGGGAGGAGGGCGAGGACGAGGAGGGGGACGAGCACAAACUGGAGGAGGCGCUGCGCAACGACAGCAGCAUGCAGCGCUUCGUCAACGCCUGGUCAGAGGCCGUGGCCGGCGAGGAGGAGGAGGACGACGACGACGAAGAGGAAGAAGGGGACUCCGACUCCGCGCUGGACUCGGCGUCCCCGUGCCCGUCCUCCCCUCUGCAGAACCGGCUGGAAGAGGCCGAGAAUGGAAGUGACCAAGACAGCACGGGAAACCCCCUGGGAGAAGCCGAGGACGGGAUGAGGGAGAGACGGGAUUCUGGCGUCGGACCAUCACUGGGUCGAACCAGCAGACCACAGAAGCUCCGCUGGCCGAGCUUCCAGAACUCCCAUCGGCCCAGCUUGGCCUCCGCCCAGCUCCAGAUUAGCUGCCAAUCUGUCCUACAGAUGAAUCUGCUGCAGAAGCUCUCCCUGUUGCAGCUCACGGCCCUCCUGGAGAAACACACCCCCACGAACAAGCAUGGCUUCAGUUGGGCAGUGCCCAAGUUUAUGAAGCGGAUCAAAGUACGCGACUACAAAGACAGGAACGUGUUCGGUGUGCCGCUGCAAGUCAUCGUCCAGCGGACCGGUCAACCCCUCCCCCAGGGUAUCCAGCAGGCCAUGCGCUAUUUACGCAAUCAGUGCCUUGACCAGGUGGGUCUUUUCAGGAAGUCGGGAGUCAAAUCUCGUAUCCAAGCCCUCCGUCAGAUGAACGAGGCGAGUGGCGCAGACGGAGGAGGAAUCAACUACGAGGGCCAGUCGGCCUACGACGUGGCCGACAUGCUGAAGCAGUACUUCAGAGAUUUACCAGAGCCCCUGCUCACAAGCAAGCUGUCCGAGACCUUCCUCCAGAUAUAUCAGUACAUGCCCAAAGAGCUGCGCCUGCAGGCCACCCGCGCCGCCGUGCUGCUGCUGCCGGACGAGAACCGCGAGGCGCUGCGGACGCUGCUGUGCCUGCUGACCGACGUGACGGCCAGCAUGGCCGAGAACCAGAUGACCCCCACCAACCUGGCCGUGUGCCUGGCCCCGUCCCUGUUCCACCUCAACACCCUGCGCCGCAAGGAGAGCUCCUCCCCAAGGGUGAUGAACCGGAAGCAGAUGCUGGGAAAACCCGACCAGAGGGACCUGAACGAGAAUCUGGCCGCCACUCACGGCCUGGCACAUAUGAUCCAGGAGUGCAGGAAACUCUUCAGGAUCCCCGAGGAGAUGAAUCGCUGCAGGAACUCGUACGUGGAGCAGGCCCUGCUGCCACAGCGCCUGGAGGAGCUGGCCGGGGAAGAGGCCGGACAAGCAGGCUACAGGGCCUACCUCCAGGACAGCUUAGAUACUCUCCUCAAAGAGGCCAAAGACAAGUUCAGAGGUUAUGACAGCUGCUCCACGCCCGAGCACGCUGACCUGGCCUACAGGAAGGUGCACGACGGGUUUCCGCUGCGGCUGUGGAAGGUGACGGUGGAGAUUCCCGCCGCUCCCGAGGAGGUUCUGACGCGGCUGCUGCGGGAGCAGGGCCACUGGGACGAGGACCUGCUGGAGAGCCGCGUGGUGGAGGUGCUGGACGACAGGACCGAGGUGUACCUGUACGUCAGGAACACCAUGAGCCCGCAUCCCACCAGGGACCAUCUGGUGCUCCGAACCUGGGUCACAGACCUGCCGAAGGGAGCGUGUGCGCUCGUGUGCACGUCUGUGGACCACGAGGGGGUCCCGGCGAUGGGAGUCCGUGCUAACGUCCUCAUUUCGCGCUACUUCAUUGAGCCCUGCGGAGCCAACAAAUCCAGACUCACACAUAUCUCCAGGAUCGACUGCAGGGGUCGCUUCCCAGAGUGGUACAACAAACUUUACGGACAUUUGUGCGCCGCCGAGGUGGCGCGGAUAAGAGACUCGUUCACGGCGCCCAUAGACAAAUAAGGCGGCGGCAGCAGAAAGUUUGACCCUCGGCAGUUUCUCGGAGUGAAACUAUUCUUUUCGACAGAGCGCAGACGGAGUGGAAAGUUGUUGAAGCCCGUGAUAAAGGACUGGCUCUGGAGCUUGAAUUGACGGACUUGUUUGUUCUGCAUCAACAGACUGGUGCCGCAUUAAAAAAAAAAAAAAACGCCUCCGCCAGGACUGCUGAGAGGACUCCAAAUUAGAUUUUUCUGGACCUCUGAGGACAUUAUGUUGCUGAGAAAAAAGGCUGAACGGUUUAGACUUAAUCUACAAGGCGUUACUGCUUCUGAGAAGCAAGGGAGUUUAAUGGUAUGUGUGAGCAUGCGUGCACAGAAACGAGCGGUUAAUCGGUCCUGUUGGUUUUCCAGGCGGUGGAUGACGUGUACAUACAGUUUUCGCAUGGCCCAGUAACACACACCGUCUGCCUUUGUGUUACCUCCGUCCCCUUUUUCUGUUACAGCAAAAGCACAGGAUGAAGAGUAGACGUUAUUGUGUGGAGCCGAUGGAUGAAUCUAUGGGUGUGGAAAGAUGUAAAUAUGUUGCUAAUACCCAGAUUGAGUGGAGACAAUAUACAGGAUAUUGUCGCAUGACAAGUGACUGAUGGUAGGCAAGGCUGUAGUGUACCAGGGUAGAGACAGAUGAGUGCUGGUGGCUGGCUCACCAAAAGGAACACACUGAUCAAAAGGGCCUCCAUUAGAUAAAAAGACACCUCAAUGCUUCAAGUGGAAUUGAACUCAGCGAGUAUCAGUGAGUCACGAGCCUGAUAUGGAUGUGUGUGUUUUUUUACGUGAAUAUACAUAGGUAGGAUUAGUUUUCACACUAGUAAAGUGAAAUGGUGCCAAAAAAAACAAGCGUUUCAUUGACUUGAAACAGAGCGAGGCCUUUCGGAGCCAUGAUGUGGACAGAUUUAAUUAACAAUCAAGCAAUUUGAUGGACCAAAUACUUUUUUUUUUCUUUUAAAGCUUAGAGCUUUCAGUAUUAAGCUUCCUUGUCAGAGCCACGAGCAGUUACCUUCAAUUCUUCCUUUUAGAGCACAACACAUUUCACACUUUUUGAAACCGUUGGCCAGACAUCACUUGUAUACGUAAAAAGAAUAUAUUAAACCAUAUUAACUUUCUAUUUGCUGUGUAGGUCACAAGAACAGAAAACACAGUGCACUGUUCUAUGGGAAACCUCAAACAAAAAUGUAAAUUUGUUUCUAAAAAAAGAGAAAAAAAGGUCCUUUUAUAAAGGUGGGGAUUUUACAGGUUUUACUGUAAAGAAGAGGGCAGAUUGAAUGUGUGGUUUUAAAGGAAGGAUGAAUAUCGUGUAAGCUUCUGUCUCUACCGUCUUGCCAGUGUCCGUCCUCCCCCAUCAAAAUUAAAAAAGGUCUACGUAACCGGCUGACCUCUGCUCAUAACACUUGCGCUUCAGUCUGACGGUGAGCAUCGUUCAUGUUGAGUGUAUACUUAGAUCACUAAGCCAUUGUUAAUAUAAAUGUUCGUACCUGUAACAAUGUCUCUCCCAAAUAAUAACGCAUGACAAUGACAGCUAAUUUAAAGCAAAAAGUAUUUAUACCUCAGAUAUAUGUUUGUUUUGUAUCAUUGUAUCUUUAUUUUAUUUCAUUGUACAUGUUAGCUUCGUUACAGAAAUUUAAAAAAAUGUUUUAUCUUUUUUAUUAAUAUUAUUUCUGUACAGGUUAAUCAAAAGUGCACUAUUAAAUGUAUUAAAAAAAUGAGAACUGCCGGGGUGUCUGUGUUUAUGUAAGGA